CUCUCCUCCCCUCUUUGAUUUAAUUAUUUAUUCCGAAUCAAAAUCAAAGACGUGUUGAGCUGUUACCAUCUCUCUCUCUUUCUUCUCUUUCUCGUUGCUCUUCUUAUUGCUUCCGAGGCCUCUUUUGCAAGCUGUAAUUGAAUGGUAGCACAUUUGGCCUCAAGCCCCACACACAGUCAUAUCCUUUGUUUCUCUCUCUCUCUCUCUCUCUCUCUCUCUGUGGAAAUCACUUGUCUUAUAACUUGUCACCGAAUGUCACAAUGAUUUAGAGACGCCUUGCUCUGCUUUAUCAACCACGCGUCCAUCUUCAUCCCUCUCACUCUCUCUCUCUGACAAUGAGAUCAAAGCUCUAGCCUUUUUCUGCCUGCUGGGUCUCUUCAUAUUCAAGCGGUCGAAAGGGGUUUUGGCUCUGCCGAGCAGAAAAUAGAGAAAAAACGUUCCAUUUCUCAGCUGGGUUCUUGAGAUCAGACCCCAGAAACCGGAAAUGGCACCCUCCUUCAGCUGGUGGUCUAACAAAGACACCCACCGAGGCACACCCGUGGUGGUCAAGAUGGAGAACCCAAACUGGUCCAUGGUUGAGCUCGAAGGUCCUUCUGAGGAGGACUUCCUCAUCUCUGAGUCACAGGGUCGAGUUCGAGGCAAAAACGCCAAGCAGUUCACUUGGGUCCUCCUCCUCAAAGCUCACAGAGCCGCCGGUUGCUUAACCUCUCUCGGCUCCGCAAUGUUGGGCCUUGCCUCCGCAAUACGACGCCGUGUGGCCUCGGGUCGGACGGACACCGACACCGACGUCGAGCCCAUCGGCCGCGGCAGAGCAGUCGAGAACCCAGCCGUAAGGAGCAGGUUCUAUUUCUGCAUCAAGAUGUUUCUGUGGCUGUCUCUGAUUUUGUUGGGUUUUGAGGUGGCUGCUUAUUUUAAAGGUUGGCACUUUGGUUCACCACAUCUUCAGCUUGAGUACUUGUGGGCUUCACCAAUGGGGGUGAAGGGAGUGUUUGAUUGGGUCUAUUCGAAGUGGGUUUUGAUUCGUGUGGAGUAUCUUGCUCCUCCACUUCAGUUCUUAACCAGUGCCUGCAUUGUGCUUUUCAUGAUUCAGAGCUUGGAUAGACUAAUACUCUGUUUGGGGUGUUUCUGGAUCCGGUUCAAGAAGAUCAAACCAGUCCCAAAAGAAGGUGCUUUUGAUCCUGAAUCUGGGGAGACUGGUUAUUUCCCUAUGGUUCUUGUUCAGAUCCCCAUGUGCAAUGAAAAGGAGGUUUAUCAGCAAUCAAUUGCUGCUGUGUGCAAUUUGGACUGGCCGAAAUCGAAGCUGUUGAUUCAAAUUCUUGACGAUUCUGACGACCCAACAACCCAAUUUCUGAUCAAAGAGGAUGUCCAUAAGUGGCAGCAAGAAGGAGCCAACAUUUUGUAUCGGCAUCGAGUGAUCAGAGAUGGAUACAAGGCUGGUAAUCUCAAGUCUGCAAUGAAUUGUAGUUAUGUCAAAGACUAUGAAUUUGUGGCCAUUUUCGAUGCCGAUUUUCAGCCCACCCCUGACUUCCUUAAGAGAACAGUCCCUCACUUCAAGGAUAAUGAUGACCUAGGGCUGGUUCAGGCGAGGUGGUCCUUUGUGAACAAAGAUGAGAACUUACUUACAAGGCUGCAGAACAUUAAUUUGUCAUUCCACUUUGAGGUAGAGCAGCAAGUGAAUAGCGUGUUCAUUAAUUUCUUUGGGUUCAAUGGGACAGCUGGUGUGUGGAGGAUACAGGCUUUGGAGGAAGCUGGUGGGUGGUUGGAGAGGACCACUGUGGAGGACAUGGACAUUGCUGUCCGUGCCCAUCUUCAUGGAUGGAAAUUCAUUUUCCUCAAUGAUGUUGAGUGCCAGUGUGAACUACCAGAAUCUUAUGAAGCUUAUCGGAAACAACAGCACAGAUGGCACUCGGGGCCUAUGCAGUUGUUUCGCCUUUGUUUGCCUGAUAUCGUAAAAUCCAAGAUCAGCAUUGGCAAGAAAUUCAAUCUGAUCUUUCUCUUCUUUCUGCUCCGGAAACUGAUAUUGCCCUUCUAUUCUUUUACCCUUUUUUGCAUAAUUCUCCCCAUGACAAUGUUCAUCCCAGAGGCUGAGCUACCAGCAUGGGUUGUAUGUUACAUCCCAGCUACCAUGUCAUUUCUCAACAUCCUUCCUGCCCCAAAAGCCUUUCCUUUCAUUGUUCCUUACCUUCUCUUUGAGAACACCAUGUCUGUGACCAAGUUUAAUGCUAUGAUAUCCGGCCUGUUCCAGCUUGGUAGUGCAUACGAGUGGGUUGUGACUAAGAAAUCCGGUCGUUCCUCAGAAGGUGAUCUUGCCUCCUUAGUUGAGAAAGAGCCAAAGCAUCAAAGGGGGGUGUCAGUGCCGGAUCUUGUCGAAAUGAAGGAAGAAAUUAGACAGCAGGAGCAAAGGGCUUCCAGGAAGAAGAAGCAUAACAGAAUAUAUACAAAGGAGCUGGCAUUGGCUUUUCUUCUUCUAACGGCUUCAGCAAGGAGCCUUCUGUCUGCUCAGGGCAUCCACUUCUACUUCUUGUUGUUUCAGGGGAUAUCGUUCCUGCUGGUUGGUUUAGACCUAAUUGGUGAGCAGGUGGAGUGAAGAGAAAGUAAUAAACUUUGUAGGGAUAUAUGGAUGAUCUAAAGUAGACACAGACAACAUGGGUGGUAAAACCUAUCGAAGUAGAACCCAGAAAGAAGAGUCUGGAAGAGAAGGUUGUAGAGGGCUGAGACUGAGAGUACUCUCCUUCUUGCUUGUCCUCCACCCUCCAGACUUCCCCAUCACAUACCACCUUGAAGGAGAAUAGUUUGUGCUAUAUGGAGAAAGGAUGUCAUCUUGGUCAGACGCAGAUGGUACUCAGAAACACAGAUGCCGUUAUUAAAUGUUUUGGUUAUUUUUUCUAUUUAUUUUGAUUCUUUUGUUUGUAGUCAAUUCUUUUGUAAGAAAAUUUGUCCUUAAACAUCAAACACAACUUCUUUACAGUUU